AUGAUUCCAUUUCGUAAAGCUUACACUACCGCAUGUCGAAAACCUGUCUCGAACACAGAGGCCACCAUUGACGUACCUUAUGACAAGGGCAAGUACCUCAAGAUCGCCUACGAUGGUCUCAAAGAACCCGUGACGCAGUUCCUCAAAAAUUCUUCUCCUGACUGGGUGUUCUAUGAUUUUGCACCCUACUGGUUAGGCUCUGUUGCAGUUGAACUCAAUAUUUCCAGUACUUUCUUCAGCAUCUUCGCUGCAGCUUUUUUGGCCUUUAUCGGUCCUGUACCGGUUCUAAAUGGCACUAAAGAUGCUCGGACGAAGCCAGACGACUUCACUGUCCCGUCUAAAUGGGUACCGUUUGAAACAACGGUUACGUUUCGGCUCUUCGAGAUCAUGCGCAUCUUUGACAGCGCCACCGGAGAUGAAGACAACAUUGCGGACUUGUAUCAUUUUGGAGGAACCAUCGAAGGCUGUGAGGAGCUGUUUGCACUUUGA